UUGCGCGGCGAGUAGAACGUGUGGCGGCGGCGGUGGCGAUCGCGUCUCCUCCGGGUCCCCGAGUCCCGCUGUGGCCGCUGUGCUCGUCCAGCUAGCCGGAGCGGUGCACUGCCCGCAGCAGCUCGACCCCCCGCGCCUCGCCUCGCCUCGGCAGCCCCUCGCCAGCGCCGACACCCGCGUUGGUGGCUCCAGUCCGCCGUCUCGUAGCACUCGCAGCCUUGCCUUCUGCACACAUGGCCUCCUCCGCGCAGAGCGGCGGCUCCUCCGGGGGACCCGCCGUCCCCACCGUGCAGCGGGGCAUCGUCAAGAUGGUUCUCUCCGGGUGUGCGAUCAUCGUUCGAGGGCAGCCACGUGGUGGGCCACCUCCCGAGAGGCAGAUCAACCUCAGCAACAUUCGUGCUGGAAACCUCGCCCGUCGGGCAGCCGCCACACAGCCCGACGGAAAAGACACCCCGGAUGAGCCCUGGGCUUUUCCUGCCCGAGAGUUUCUGCGGAAGAAGCUGAUUGGAAAGGAAGUCUGUUUCACGAUAGAAAACAAGACUCCUCAGGGCCGCGAGUAUGGCAUGAUCUACCUUGGGAAAGACACCAACGGGGAGAACAUUGCCGAGUCGCUAGUUGCAGAUGGCUUGGCUGCCCGCAGAGAAGGCGUGAGAGCUAACACUCCUGAGCAGAGCCGGCUUGCAGAAUGUGAGGAACAAGCCAAGGCGGCUAAGAAAGGGAUGUGGAGUGAGGGCAGUGGUGCCCACACCAUCCGGGACCUCAAGUACACCAUCGAGAACCCGAGGCACUUUGUGGAUGCCCACCACCAGAAACCUGUCAACGCUAUCAUCGAGCAUGUGCGGGAUGGCAGUGUGGUCAGGGCCCUGCUCCUGCCAGAUUACUACCUGGUCACAGUCAUGCUGUCGGGGAUCAAGUGCCCAACGUUUCGGCGGGAAGCAGAUGGCAGCGAGACCCCGGAGCCCUUUGCUGCGGAAGCCAAAUUCUUUACAGAGUCGCGACUGCUUCAGAGAGACGUUCAGAUCAUUCUGGAGAGCUGCCACAACCAGAACAUUCUGGGUACCAUCCUUCACCCGAACGGCAACAUCACGGAGCUGCUCCUGAAGGAAGGUUUUGCCCGCUGUGUGGAUUGGUCGAUUGCAGUUUACACUCGAGGUGCAGAAAAGCUGAGGGCAGCUGAGAGGUUUGCCAAGGAACGCAGGCUGAGAAUAUGGAGAGACUACGUAGCGCCCACUGCUAAUUUGGACCAGAAGGAUAAGCAGUUUGUUGCCAAGGUGAUGCAAGUUCUGAAUGCAGAUGCCAUUGUUGUGAAACUGAGCUCCGGAGACUACAAGACCAUCCACCUGUCUAGCAUACGACCACCACGGCUGGAGGGCGAGAACACGCAGGAUAAAAACAAGAAGCUACGCCCUCUGUAUGAUAUUCCUUACAUGUUUGAGGCUCGGGAGUUUCUUCGAAAAAAGCUUAUUGGAAAGAAGGUCAAUGUGACGGUGGACUACAUUCGGCCGGCCAGCCCUGCCACAGAGACUGUCCCUGCCUUUUCAGAGCGUACCUGUGCCACUGUCACCAUUGGAGGAAUCAACAUUGCCGAGGCUCUUGUCAGCAAAGGCCUCGCGACCGUGAUCAGAUACCGGCAAGAUGACGACCAGCGAUCCUCACACUAUGAUGAGCUGCUUGCCGCCGAGGCCAGAGCUAUUAAGAAUGGCAAAGGAUUGCAUAGCAAGAAGGAAGUGCCUAUCCACCGCGUGGCAGACAUAUCCGGGGAUACGCAAAAAGCAAGGCAGUUCCUGCCCUUCCUGCAGCGAGCAGGCCGCUCUGAAGCCGUGGUGGAGUACGUCUUCAGUGGUUCCCGUCUCAAACUCUACUUGCCAAAGGAAACGUGCCUUAUCACAUUCUUGCUUGCGGGGAUCGAGUGCCCCAGGGGAGCCCGCAACCUGCCAGGCCUGGUGCAAGAAGGAGAACCCUUCAGUGAGGAAGCCACACUGUUCACCAAGGAGCUGGUGUUGCAACGAGAGGUGGAGGUGGAGGUGGAGAGCAUGGACAAGGCGGGCAACUUCAUCGGGUGGCUGCACAUGGACGGCGCGAACCUGUCCGUCUUGCUGGUGGAGCAUGCGCUGUCCAAGGUCCAUUUCACUGCUGAGCGCAGCUCCUACUACAAGUCGCUGCUGUCUGCUGAGGAGGCCGCCAAACAGAAGAGAGAAAAGGUCUGGGCACACUACGAGGAACAGCCUGCGGAGGAGGUGGUGCCCGUGCUGGAGGAGAAGGAGCGUUCCGCCAGCUACAAGCCCGUGUUUGUCACCGAGAUCACGGACGACCUGCACUUCUACGUGCAGGACGUGGAGACUGGCACCCAGCUGGAGAAGCUGAUGGAGAACAUGCGCAGUGACAUCAGCAGCCACCCACCUGUGGAGGGCUCCUACACCCCCCGCCGGGGGGACUUCUGCAUUGCCAAGUUUGUGGAUGGAGAAUGGUACCGUGCCCGAGUGGAGAAGGUCGAGUCUCCAACCAAAGUGCACGUCUUCUACAUUGACUACGGCAAUAGAGAGAUCCUGCCACCCUCCCGUCUGGGGACCCUGCCGCCCGCCUUCAGCACCCGCGCGCUGCCAGCUCAAGCCACGGAGUAUGCCUUUGCCUUCAUCCAGGUGCCCCAGGAUGAGGAUGCGCGCACGGACGCCGUGGACAGCGUGGUGCGGGACAUCCAGAACACUCAGUGCCUGCUCAACGUGGAACACCUGAGCGCCAGCUGCCCCCACGUCACACUGCAGUUUGCUGACUCCAAGGGCGACGUGGGACUGGGCCUGGUGAAGGAGGGGCUGGUCAUGGUGGAAGUGCGCAAGGAGAAGCAGUUCCAGAAAGUGAUCACAGAAUACUUAAACGCCCAGGAGUCGGCCAAGAGCGCCCGGCUGAACCUGUGGCGCUACGGGGACUUCCGAGCUGACGAUGCUGACGAGUUUGGCUACAGCCGCUGAGCGAGGCGGCACGGCCGGCCCCCAGCCCUGCCCACGCCAGUCCCUCUUCCUGUGCUGGGAGAGGGGUGUACCUGCAGACCCCAGGGCCAGGGGGUAUAGAAUGGGUCCUAGCUUUGCUUCUUCUACGGUGGCAUCAGGGCUGGCAGGGGAGGGAUGUGACCCUCUGCAUUUGGAGGACAGGCCAUCGUCCUCUGUGCACUGUCAUGCACAGCCUCCUCCCAAUUGAUUCAUAUUUUUAUCUGGGGGCUUGUAGGGUUUUUUGUUGUUGUUGUUUUUUUAAUUGUCCUCAAAUCAGGAAGAACCCUGGAAGACUUGGUCCUAGGUGAGGGCCAGUCCCGUUCCCUGCCUCUAUCCCAGCUCCCCUUCUUUCCCAGCUCUGUCAACUGUUGGUUUCGUGACUUCUUGGAUAUAUACCCGUUCUCAGCUGUCAGUGUGUCCACUCCUACCCCCUCACCAGCCCAUUGUGUAUUUAAAGCUUUUAAGGCCCAAUAAAGUAGCACAUGCUGUCUGCAA